ACGAAAUGGAAGCUCCGAUUCAGGAACGUGGGGUUAUAGAAUUUAGAUUUUGACCAAUUUUAAAAGCGCCAUUCGUUGUUUUUUCACUGAAGCAAGGGGAAUAGACCUACUAAAAACAACGCCACGGAAGCAUCGUAGCUAGAUGCCGUUAAAUCUGCAGAUAGAGUGGACGUAGACCUUCUCAAUUGGCCCAUUCAUAAUUUAAAGGGCCCGCACGAUUCUGCAGCGGUCCUCAGUUGCAUCUCUAAAUUUGACCCAUACCGCCGCCGCCUAUCACGCAAAUCAUGGAUCUAGUUAAUCACCUGGAAGGCCGGUUGUUGUUUGCCGUUCCUAAGAAGGGACGACUUAACCAAGCCGCUCUCAACUUAUUAGAGGGUGCCGAUAUCCAGUUCAGACGAGAGAACCGACUUGACAUAGCUUUGGUCAAGAAUCUUCCUAUUGCUCUCAUCUUUCUCCCGGCGGCCGACAUACCCACCUUCGUUGGCGAAGGCCGAGUUGACCUAGGAAUAACGGGCCAUGACCAGGUGCAGGAACACGAUGCCGGUCUCCGCGCUCUGUACAAGGCACGGCGGUUUUCGGGUGAGAUCACCCCUGAGGAAGAAACCGAACGAAACUCAAAAGGAUCGGGAAUCGAAACUGUCUUGGAUUUGGGGUUCGGAGGCUGCAAGCUGCAGGUCCAAGUGCCUGAGAAAGGCAGCUAUAACUCCCCGAAAGACCUGAUUGGGAAGAACAUCGGCACAAGUUUUGUCCACUUGGCACAAGAGUACUUUACCAACUUAGAAUUGGAGGAAGAAGCGGCAAAGGAGGCAAAUGGCGCUUCCUUCCAGUUUUCCAAGAAGCUACAGACGAAAAUUAUCGAACUGAGCGGUAGUGUCGAGGCAGCUUGCGCUCUUGGUGUGGCAGACGGGAUCAUCGACCUUGUCGAAUCCGGGGAAACCAUGAAGGCCGCGGGACUUAAACCAAUCGAUACUGUUGUUGAGUCGACAGCUAUCUUGAUCAAGUCGCAAAAGCCUUCCAAUCCAGCUCUUGUAGACCUAAUUGCUGCCCGAAUCCGCGGCGUCAUCACGGCCCAGCGAUACGUCCUAUGCCAAUACAAUGUUGAGAGGUCAGGACUUGCGGCAGCAACCAAGAUCGCGCCAGGGAAACGAGCACCAACAGUAACAUCUUUGGAAGAGGAUGGCUGGGUUGCAGUCAGCGUUAUGGUCGAGAAGAAGAAGAUUGCGCCGAUAAUGGACGAGCUGACCAAAGUCGGGGCAACUGAUAUCUUCGUAUUAAACAUUGCGAACACUAGAAGUUAAAAAAGGGGAAGAAAUAAAACAAAAGAAUUAUGCUUAGUAUUAAAGAGAUGGCAGAUAAGCAUUUCUUGGAGAAGGUUAUGUGCAUAUGGAGGGGGGGGGGGGGAAGGAGACAUG